AUGAAGAUUUCAAUAUUAUCAUUAGCAGCUGUUCUCAUAUUUUACUUUCAACUUGCGUCUGUGAAUGCCAAUCUCAUUGACGAUGAAUGCCCCAAAACUCCAAAACCUAAUGUCUGUUUCUCUUCUCUGAAUCCAUACUACCGGACACACGACCCCCCCAGUGUCCGGGAAUUAGCCAUUGUGAUGGGAAGUACAGUACUCGUCAACAAGGUUUAUGCAACCAUCGACAAAAUCAACGAGCUCAUCAAGGAGAUGCCUUCAUAUCAAGUCCUACGCAAAUGCGCCUUCAACUUUCAGAUAAUCAGAGAUAAUAAAAUCACAGAAUUCAGAGGAUCGUUUGUUAAAUCUGAUUAUGGUGCUGCAGCGUCAGCUCUUAGCAGUAUCGUCCCCUUGGCCGAUGGAUGUAGCUCACCUCUCAGUAAGGGUUAUUCAGACCUAAUUGAUUUGUGUACAGAUGUGUCUAAUACUGCGAUUGAUGCUGCAACAAUUGUCAAGAAUAUCCCAAAAUAA